AUGCGAUCGUUUCAUGUUUGCAGUUUUGUGUUGUGGAAUUUGGUUUAUGUUGCACUUUCAGAGGAAUUGGUGAGUAUGGCUGAACGAAAGAUGGGAUCCUUUCGCAUCAAAACGGUUUUUUCCUUAGCGAUUUACUUCUCACGUUCAAUAAUUUUUUUCACCACUGAAGAGGGGAAGUUCAGACGAUGACAAAAUGAACAGAAAAUGCGUUAAAAAUAAACAAUUCAUGUUACAGUUCUCACAAAGUCUCUCUGUUGUCGUAGAUCAGUAUUGUUAUCUGCCAGAUACAUAUGGAAAUUUCGAAACAGGCAAAUGAAAAACAUUUUGCAUGACCCCCAGAUGCUAAUCACAUUCCAAAAUCAUUAAUCUGUGUUUACAGCUUGCAUUUGAACCUAUGCAAGUAUAUCUGUGUCACUAAAGGAGGGUCGACGUUGUGAGAGGUUUAGUUCACUUUAGGAGUUGUGAUAAUAGUGAAUCGUCCUAAAUUACUGAAAAUCAUCUGUUUCCAACUUUAAUAGCAAUAGUCGCACUCAUUUUCCGCCUUUUUCUUAUGUCCUCUUAGAACCUUUCUGAAGGCAAAGAAGCGUUUGAUAGAAACAACGAAGGUACACAUGUUGCAUAUAUUACUGUCUUACCUAGAAAACAGUAGGUUGUAGGAAGGGAUCGAGGGGACAACAUAUUCUUUAGCAGUUGAGCACAGGACCAACUUGAAAAGUUCCAUUGAGCAGGGUUGGACAACUGCAUCUCCCCCCCCGUUCGUUGGAAUGCAAACAUCAUCCCCAUGAAAACCUGUCUCCUGCAAUUUUUUCUGGGCCCCUCCCCACCAAAUGCUCACGGAGGGUGGAGGCAGGGGUGACUAGAAACCAACUGGCCUUGGUGCAACAAUCAAGCUUUAUAAAUGGAUUAUCCUGAACAUCCAUAUAUUAAAACAAAUUUCAUCCAUUUCUUGCUCACUGUUUUCUGAGCACAAUUCCUCAAAUUAAGGGUGCAUCUUUUAUUAGACUGGCAGUGAGCUCUCAAGCAACAACUGAAAUCUUGAACAUAAUUAAAGAGCAGUAUGUUCAAACUGUUGUGUUUUAGAUCUAUGUAUCAAUGUACUAUGCCAUGCUGGUGAGGAGUGCAUUGUUAUCGAUAAUAAUGCUGCCUGUAUGUGUAAGAAGUCAUGCCCUAACCAUGAGAAACCAGUAUGUGGGUCAAACGGUAUGACCUAUCCAAACCACUGUGAACUGCACAAAACUGCCUGCUUGGAGGAAAAGAAACUUUCUAUCAAAUAUAUGGGGGCAUGUAGAGGACAGCCCACCCAAGCUCCAUCUUCUGUAGAGGUUAAUUAUUCAAAACCUGGUAGGUUGUUCAGUUUGUGCCCUAACAUUUAAGGCCUGUGUAGUUCUACAUCCUUUUCAUGGUUAAAAUUUUCUCCUGGUUAACUGUGAAACUCAGUAAACUGUGAGCUUGAUUUUGAUUUGAUUCUGACAUGUCAAUUGUAUACAUUCCAAAACUUUCUUAGUAUUCACAGUUAUCAGAGGUUGCCACUUUUUCUUCUCUCCAAACCAGUUUGAUUUUUAUUUGAGCAAAGAGUUACUAAAGUAUACCCUUUCACUAUUUAGUUGUGUGCUAUGAGAAUGAUCGCAAUAAUGUACGCAGUCAUUUGAUUGGAUGGCUGCAGAACCAAGACAAGUUGUCAGAAGGAUUAGAUGGCUACAGACAUCUUCUGCAAUCAUACUUUGACAAAGUUGAUGAAAACAAAGAUGGAAAACUUGAUGUAGCAGAGUUCAGAGACUUCGUCCUGGCAAAUCAAUCACAAGCUGAGGUAUGACACUUCUCUUUGUGGUCACUUAUAUAACAACAGUUUAUCAUGUAGUGGGAAUGUCUGGGUGAUGGUUGUCCUGUUAAGGACUGCUGUUAUUAAACAGAAGUCAUCACCAGAGUUGAGUCAGUCCCUUCUGAUACUUUUGCAAGGUAACUCAUCUGAGAUUAAUGCACCUGUGAUUGUGUUUUACUUCAGGCAGCUACUUCUGAUGAGUAUGUCAACCCUGUUUUGCAAAGUCUUUGUGCUGAUGCUCUGAUUUCCAUCAGUGAUGAUGAUUCUGACUGGGAACUUAACAUUACAGAGUUUAUGAGAUGCCUUGACCCUGGUGAGUUGGAAAAUAUUAAUAUGUAAUUAUGUUUCAGAGGGAAUGCUGUGUAAUUCUGUUAUGUUUACACCGUGUGUCCACCACACAAAAUUUGGCAAUGAUCAUCAGCUUUUGACUUGUACAGCAUUAAGCAUGUUCCACUGAAAUGCUAAGAAUGCUGGGAUUGAAGUGAUACUGAUAACAAGACUAUUUCCUACUGCGGUAGAUUUGUGAAGUAAUUAAGAGAGAAAUUAAUAGAUUGAAAAUGGUUCACUAACAAUAAACAUCUCAACUUUUUGUAUUAAUUUUCUUCAACAGAAUUCAAGCCACCAAAGAAAGGUAAACUUUUUUUCAUAAAGUUUUGCUAACUUAAACUUGGAGAGCUUGCCUCAUGACCAAGAAAUGCCAUAAUUGUAUAUUAAGUUUUGCUAACUAAACUUGAAGAGCUUGCCUCAUGACCAAGAAAUACCAUAAUUGUAUAUUGGUUUGAGGUAAAAUAAGUUCCACUAAAUCUGAAUGUAAGUUGUGGUCAGUGGAAGUGCAGAAAAAUGUGAACAAGUGGGUGGAUACAGGAACCUGUUUUUCAGCCUUCUCUUGUUUCUCCUUCACUGACUUUGGUCACCCACUCAUAGUCUGGAAAAAAAAGCUAAAUGAUGAAUUGUCCUAUUGUGGUACAGGUUGUGAGUUGGAUAGUGAGAUUUACAGUGACGGCACAGAAAUUCCCAUAGACUGCAACAGUUGGUAAGAAGAGUUCAGUCAGUUACAUUCAUUCUCCUUUAACAAGGCAUUUGUUAUUAUUUUCUUUUUUCUCUCUCAGAUGGAAAAAAAGUGGGAAGGGGGACAAUGAUUGUAAAGCUACACCUAAGUCAAUCUGUAGACAUCACCAGAAUAUAUCCAUCUUAUGUUCUUUCGUUGCAUUUUAGUGUUUGUGCCUGUGGCCACUGGGUCUGUACUGCAUUAAAGUGUGAUGGUAAGCAAAUGACUGCCUGAUGCUAAAAGUCAACUUAUACAAUCUGUAUAAUUUGUGACAAGAUGUUAUCUAUGUAAUAAUGUUGAAGCUGGUCUUGGUACUUAAAAAGGUGGUUGUUAGUUGGGAGUUUUUCAAGACUCUAAAUCUUUUUUCUUUUGAGGCACAUCACCUCCUUAUCUUUCCAAAGGAAAUUAAGAUUCUGAAAGGCAUUUCUUUCCAAAAACUGUCAAAAUGGUUUGCAGAAGAGUUUAGGAGCUUAACCCUUAACACCAGUAUGCUCAUUCUCCAUACUUUUCACCAUGCAAUUCCUAAGGUGCUGACAAGGAGAGUUUGUCAAAUAAUUGUGAGCUUCCCUAGUUAAUGAUCAUUUCCUUUAUUCUCAUGACCUUUAUGUGUGAUUUGGGGAUGGUCCUGUAAGGCAAAAUUAGGUGUUAGUUACUCCUAGGAGCCAAAGGUUUAAUAAGAUUCCAGUUCAACUUGUGAUUGUUUGCUCUUAGCCUAAGGCAGAGUUUUAAUGGAGUAGCAGUAUUUUAUUAUCACAUAAUAAAAGUAUUAAUAUUUAAUUGACUAUGCAUCUUAUUCUGCUCAGAGAAAGAAUCAAAUCAGCCACGCUCUGAGAUUGGUAAUGGAAACACAGAGAAGCACAAGUACAUUGUCAAUGGACAAGAAGCUGAGGAACAACUGACAAGAGAGAAGAUGAAACAUGAUCACAAAGAAAGAAUUCAGGUCCACAAAAAGAAAAUCCUUCCACUUCAUAAACCACAGCAUCCUGGGAGGCACAAGAAACAUCACAAACACAGCUCAUAUGAGAACAGCUCAAACAAGCCUGAUCAUGAGUAACUUUUUAAAAAAAAACAAAGGUUAUUGUGGUCAAAUGAGAGAAGUGACCUCACACAGCAAAAUGCUUUUCAGAAUUAUAAAAUCACCAUUCUGCUAGGGAAAUAAAGAUGAAUUGCUUUCUUAAUUAACAAGUUAUAAACAACACUUUUUUUAGCCUCUAUAUAAUGCUUAUUUUCUUCAUCAAUUUGUAAAUGAGCUGCAAAAGACAAAGGCCUCAAGUGUCAAUAUGAAUAACCAUUUCAAUGAUAAGAUCUUAGAGGAAAUUCUCCUUUUAAUCACUGUCUCCUAGACAAUUUUUAUUAUAGUUUUGAGAAUUUGGUGUUAAUGCAAACCAGUUAAAAUUCCUCUUUAUUCUCCCCAGCUUUCUGCUUAAUAGUGUAUUGAUACUGUAGGGAGAAAUUACUUCUUCAUCACCCCUGGGAGAGAAAUUAUGAAGGUGGAAGUUCCUAACAGUAAUGUGGAUUGUGUUUGCAGUGGAAAUUUGUGGAGUUUCAUCAUACAAAUGUUUAGAAUAACUCUGAGAUUUAUGUGUUAGGAAUGGAAAAAAUAUUACCUAUAAUUUUUUGAACAUCUGUAUUGUACUUUUAUUAUUUAAUUAGUAAAAUAGCCCCCUGCAUUUAUAUUUGACCUCAAAAAUAAUAUCUUAGCAUCACAGAAAAUAACUAACAUAAAUUAAAUCGCAUUGCAAAAUGCUUUUUGAUCAGUGUAUGUUUUGAUUCAAUCAUUCUUUAAGCUUUGGUGUCACUAAGCAACAAAUAAAGGCAUACCUUAAAAAAAAAACAACAAUGAUAACUUUGUAAUCAUUAUGAAACCAGUUUAAAAAGAUGACUGAAUAAUAAAACUACUGUCACUCCCAUG